UUGUACAGUACAAUGACAUUCUCUGACUGUUGGAGCGAUGUUUUUUCCCUGUCUUUUCCAACUGUCAAACCGGCGUCCUCGCUGUGAGUUAAAAUGACUUUAAAGUCUAUCAGAAAACCACAGAACUGAUUUGCCGUCGUUAUUUUUUUGUUCUUCGAACAUUUACGGACAUGUUGACAAACAUCAACAGGUUAAACUUCGGGAUAUGUCCCAAACAUACAAGCUCGUAGCUAGCUAGCAUAAAUAACUUAUCAAUGAUAAGUUAAUAACUGUGGAAGUUGUCAUGGACGCUGGAGGAGAGACGACCAGCGACAUUCGGACCGUUUACGCGGCUGUUUCUGGGAAUCCGAACCUAGAGCCGACGAGGCUGCUGUGUUUUAAAGUUUACAAGAGGAGGUGGUUUGUGUUGCUAGUGCUGUGUCUGUUGAACUGCUCCAACGCCACGAUAUGGCUUACCUUUGCACCAGUUGCAAACCAGUCAGGCCAGUACCUAAAGGUCAGUCUGGAGGACAUUAACUGGUUGUCACUGGUUUUCAUGGUGGUUGCCAUACCGCUCAGCUUCGGGACUACCUGGAUGUUGGACACCCUCGGUUUACGGAUCACGCUCAUCCUGGGAUCCUGGCUGAACAUGCUUGGAGCUCUGCUGCGUUUCCUUGGCACGCUGCCGCCGGCUCGAUUUAAGCUCGAGUUUCCAGCAGUGAUGCUGGGUCAGACGCUCGGCGCCCUCGCCCAGCCCCUCAUCAUCUUCACCCCCACCAAACUGGCCGCCCUCUGGUUCCCCGACAGCCAGCGAGCUACAGCCAACAUGAUCGCCUCCAUGUCGAAUCCCCUGGGCAUUCUGCUCGCCAACAUUGUUUCUCCUGUGAUCGCCGAAACAUCGGCUCAAAUCCCAAAACUGCUGCUGGCCUAUGCUGUCCCAGCAUGCAUCACCUGUCUCCUAGCAACACUGGGGAUACGGAGCGGAAAACCCCCAACGCCACCGUCAGCCGGCGCCGAGACUUCCGGAUCAGAGCCGUUCAUUCAGGGCCUGAAACUGUUACUGAAGAACAAACCGUACCUCAUCCUGCUGCUGUGCUUCGGCUCCGGCAUCGCUGUCUUCACCUGCUUUUCCACGCUGCUGGACCAGAUCCUGUGUUUGAAGGGAUACAGCAACGACUUCGCUGGCCUUUGCGGGGCUCUCUUCAUCGUCUUCGGCAUCGUUGGCGCCGGUGCCGUCGGCGUCUACGUUGACAAGACGAAGAAGUUCACAGAGGUCACAAAGAUCGGCCUGAGCCUCUCCACUCUGUCGUGCAUCGCCUUCUCAGUGGUGAGUCUGAUGCCUCAUCAGAAGGUCGCUGUCGCAGCCGUCUGCUCUCUCUUUGGCUUCUUCGGUUUCUCCAUCUACCCUGUUGCCAUGGAGCUGUCUGUGGAGAGUUCGUACCCGGUCGGAGAGGCCACCUCGGCUGGACUCAUCUUUGUUUCAGGGCAGGUGCAGUCGGUUGUUUACAUCGUCCUGCUGCAGACUUUGACCAAACCGAUCACUGAAUCUCCGCUCUCCACCUGUGGAGAUGCAGUGCUGAGCUGGAAAGUGCCCAUGAUGGUGAUGGCAGGACUGUCCAGUGUUUUCACCUGCUGCUUCCUCGUCUUCUUCCAAACCCGCUACAGACGGCUGGAGGCGGAAGAACAAGCUGCUUACGGGACCAGAGAGAAUAACGACACGACCACUUCCUACCAAAUAGUCGAGAACUGAAGGAAAUGGAAACAAAAGACAUUUAUGGGUUGGAUCCAGCCUCUAUGAAAUGUUAUGCCUGUCGAAUCCAGACAUUCCUGUGCAAUAAGAUUCUCUGAUAAUGAUUAAUGAUUCUUUAAACAGAACCAGGAACAAUUUAUUCAUGCAUUCUGUUGCUUCAAAAGAGAAAUGAAGUAAUUUACAAUUUUCUGCACUGUAACGCAAAAUAUCUUACCACUUGAAAUAAGAUAAAUCUUAACUUACAAGUAACUUUUAAGUAAAUAAUUUCUUAAUAUGGAUGAAAAAGUACUGGCACAUUAUGUCACUUAUAACAAGACAAUUUUCAUAAGUUACAAAUGAAUUAAUCUGCAAAUUCAUUUUUCAUCAAUAUUAAGGAUUUAUUUGCUUAAAACAAGCUCCUAUAUCUUCAUGAAAAGUUUUGCUUAUCUAUGAUAUUUGCACUAGAAACUAGUUCAAAAAUAUUUGGUAAUAUUUUGUGUUUUUGCACCACUGGGGCAUUUUAGUUGUCUGUUACUCAUUUUAUAAUUAAUGUACAUAAUUUAAAUACAUAAACUGCUAAUUUUGUACAAUAAUUUAAUCACUACUGUCUCUGUUUUCAUCCUGUGUUUAUUUUGGCUUCCCUCACACUGAACUAAGACCAUCCAGGGUCUGGUGUGAAGGAAGCCUUUGGUAAUAAAUCUUCCAGGUACGUAUGUACAACAUGUUUCAUAUUUUUAACUUAUUAUGGAGAGAAAACUCUCACCAGAUUUACUGACAGAAGAAAUCAGGGUACUUUUUAACAUAGAUAAAAUACUUCAUUGAUUAUGUGCUGAAGUAGAAAAACAAAAAAGUAUUAGAAACAUUUGCAGGGUUGUUGAACUAAACUAAACCUGCCCAGGAAAACAAUCCUUAACUUUCUUAACCUCAACUGCUAGUCAUACAAUUUAAACAUGUAAAAAAAUGUGUUUCCAUCUCAGAGCUUACAAAAUACAAAAAUACAUUUGACUAGCUUUGGUUAACUUAGCAUCAUGGUAAACAAAUGAUACUUGUACCUGUUUGCCAAUAUUUGAUGUUAAAAUCCAACUGAGCAUUAAUGUACAAAUUAAAAUGUAAAAUUAAACUGUUUUAUAAUUGUACAACUUGUAACCACUUAAUAAAAAUGUUUCUUUUGGA